AUGAUGAAACGUCGUGUUUUAAAAUUAAGACGAGAAAAACAAAUCAUCAGUAAAGAUGAAAAGUACGGCGGAAAUAUGGAAUUUAUGGGAAUUCAAAGUAUCAAUGUUGACGACACUCGUUAUGUAAUUGUUAUUGAAACAAAACGUAAUGCACUUGGAAAAGGACUUACUCAAUUAUUAUUAUCAUUGAGGUCAAUGUUUGAAAUAAAUAAUGAUCAGAAAACGGUUUAUGGAUUUGUCACAACAGCAGUCAAUUGGCAAUUAGUGACUUAUGACGGUCAAACAUGGAAAAUAUCAGAAUCAUCUGUUCUUUUAUCUGGGAAUAUGGAGAAACAAGAAGAUCGAUGGUUAAAAAAUAAUACACAAAUAUUAGACGAAGGAUUUUCAAAUCUGAACACUCGUUUUCGACAAUUACUCGAUCAUCCGUCAUUUCGAUAUAAAAUUCGCAUUGAUUAUUCAAAUGGAAAAGCCAAGUCAAUAAAUGAAUUAAAACAAAGUGUUUGUUUGAAUAAAAAUCAAAUUUCUUCGAUUAAUUUAUGUUCAUGGAUAAACAACAACGAAAUAUUCUUCUCAUUCGAUUUCAAUUCCUCAUAUGAACAACUUGAACGUCUCGUUUUCAGUUAUAUCAAACCAGACAUAAUUCAUUUACUUCUUCCAAAAUUAGUCGAUUUACCUCGUUUAUUUUCAUUGAUAUUUGAAACUGAAUAUGAUUUAAAGCAUUUUGGUUCUAUUUAUCGAUUAGUUUUCAAUUUACAAAAGUUAAAAUAUUUCAAACUGAAAGCAACUGAUGCCACGGAUUCGAAUAUCGAUUUGUCAUUACCAAUUAUUUUCAAUCAAUCAUUGUCUUCCAUCGAACAUCUCAUUAUUGAUCAUCCUUGUACAUUUCAACAACUAAAACAUUUACUAUUUCAUACUCCCAAUGUUCAUCAUCUGAAAUUUUUGAAUUCCAAUGAUAAUGAAACAAAGUUCGAUGAUUUGUCUUUAGUGAAAUUAACAAAUCUUUCAAUAGAAGCAUAUCACAUGACAUUUGACAUAUUCGAAACAUUCCUUAGUCACUUGAAUUUAACAAUAUUAAAAGUUUUAUCAUUGAAAGUUUAUAUUGAAGAUAAGAAUUAUCUCAAUGCUAAACGAUGGGAAGAAAUUAUUUUGACAAAAAUACCAAAUUUAGAGAAAUUCUAUUUGAAAUAUUUGGUUCCGUUCGAAGAUCAUCAUCAACCAUCGAUAUAUACAGGAAAACCAAAUGAAUUCUUCUCUUCGUUUUGGUUUCAACGAAAUUGGAUAUUUGAAAUUGAAAUAAAAUAUGAUAAUAUCAUUUAUUCGAUUCAUCCGCUCAAAAUACAAUGGUUUGAUGAUUACAAAUCAAACGAGAAAGCGAUUUAUUCGUUUGAAGAAUUCGCAAGAUUUCGACGAGUUACUUUAGUUGACACAUCACCUGAAUUGUUGUAUGAAACAUUGACUAUACAUGAUUAUCUAUCACAUGUUUCAUCUGUUAUGCAAAUUGAUCAUUUGGAUAUCAAAGAAGAGAUUGAUUUUGUGAAAUUAUAUCAGAUUCUACAUUCAUUAAACGAAUUGGAUUCAUUGAAACUUUACAAAAUAUCCAUUUCAUCUUUAGGACGUGUUACCGAGGAAGAAUUAACAAUAUUUUCUAAGUUCCCAAGUCGAAUGUCAAUUACAAAGGUUUGUUUAGAGAAAAUCUGUCAAAUUGAAGAAUCAUUGGUGAUCAUGGCAUUUUGUCCAUUGAUAAAACAAUUUCAAAUAAAUUCUUUACAGAAAAUUGAAAUCGAAUCAUUUCUGCGAACAUUUCUAACACAUAUCAAAGUUCAAGCGAUUCAAAUACUUCGAUUAUUAUGUAUUUGUGUGUCAACAGCUGAUGAUGAAAUGAUCAAUAAACUCAAACAAACCAUUGAAAAUGAAAACUUACUUUUAGAUUUUACUUUAAACCGUAUAAAAGAUAAAAUCUAUUUGAAAUGGAAAUGA